ACGUAUUUGAAGUGGCUACAAUGAAAACUUAUGUACAGUAAUUUCUAGAAUUUUUACGCAAUCUAUUUACCAGACAAUUGGUUUAAUUAAUUUUCAAUUGUGAAAUGUCGUUGUAGAUAUGGAACAAACAAUACGUCAUAGAAUACGCAUUUUAUUUGCACAUCAUUGACAAACAUCGAAGAAGAAUUUAUGUUGAUGUCAAAGACUUUAAAACCGUAGUAGAUAACGAAAGUCUUUAUCAUUUUGGGGAUUUUUAAACACAUAUUCAUGUCUUUUUAUUGUUGUCGAUGUUUUUAUACUAUUAAUAUUCGUAAAUAAAUUUAUGAAGUAUGGGCUUUUACAAUGAUAUUAUCGUAUUUACCACUUGAAUAAUAAAUAAGUAGCAUAGUUUGUAAAAAAAUAAGAGUGAAUUUGUGACGAAUGAAGUACAAUAGAACUUUGAAUUGUAAAUUUUUUCAUUCUAACCUAACUGUGAUUAUUACAUGUAAACAUGUUUUGUUAAUAAUUAAAGAUAUUUUAUUAUUAUGAAACAUUUAAAAAUAUAUCUGCCAACAAUAAUUUGACUUUAUCAUCUAAUAAAAUGUUUAAGUAUAUAACUGAAGUGUGCUUAUGAAAUUUCCGUAUCUUCAGAUAAACCAUAUAAUGGAGUAAGUCACGUUUACCACUAAGUCACGUUUAAUUCACGUUUCAGUUUGACCUUUCGGACCUUUUCCCUGACUAUGUUUUGACAUGCAGGGUUAUACUGUUGACCCCGAAAGUGGUGAAACGAAGAUAAGAGAAGAUUAUCCUAUACUGAAGUCCUUUCUUGCGGGAUCAUUGUCUGGCACAUUUUCAACUAUUUUGUUCCAACCAUUAGAUCUUAUCAAAACAAGACUUCAAAGUACAGUGAACCUUCAUCUUGAUUCUCCAAGAAAUGGGACAGUAGGAACUUUAAUUCAUAUAAUCGAAAAAGAACAUGUGUUCGGACUCUGGAGGGGUAUGACACCAUCCAUUACCAGAGUCAUUCCUGGUGUAGGAUUAUAUUUUUCAUCUAUACAUUGGUUAAAACACACAUUCCAUUUAAAAGAUCCUCUCACCUCAACAGAAGCUAUGUUUUUGGGCGUUACCGCAAGAUCAAUGUCCGGUGCAUUAUUAAUUCCAAUAACAGUAGUGAAAACGCGUUUUGAAAGCGAUGUUUAUAAGUACAAUAGCAUGAGAGAAGCACUGAGAUUAAUUUACAAGCAGGAGGGAGUUAGAGGACUUUCAAGCGGAUUAAUACCGACAUUACUAAGAGACGCUCCAUUUAGCGGUCUUUAUCUCAUGUUUUACACUCGAUUAAAAAGUAUCGUCGUAGAAACAGAUUUACCAUGCGCCAAAUUGUCAGCUCCCAUUAAUUUUAGUUGUGGAAUACUAGCAGGAAUGCUUGCUUCUACUGUUACACAACCAGCUGACGUAAUUAAAACGAAGAUGCAGCUAUAUCCGAAUGAAUUUAAAGGCAUUCGUAAUGCGAUCUUCAGGGUUUACAAAAAAUAUGGUGUGUUGGGAUAUUUCAAAGGUAUUGUGCCACGAAUGUUAAGAAGGACGUUAGUAACCGCAAUGGCUUGGACUGUAUAUGAAGAGGUUACAAAAAGUAUGGGACUUAAAUAAAAUUGUUUCCACUGAAUGGUAUGCUAUAAAUUGUUUGGUGUCUGUGGACAUGAAAGCUGGGUGUAAGUAAACAAUUGAUAUACAGCAAAUCGAAAGUCGCUCAACCAACUAUUUACACUUGAUGUACAGUAUUUUUAGUUUGUACAAAGAUUUGAUAAUAGCAAACAAUGUAAUAUAGCAAAUAUUACUACUAUGUACAGUAUUUGGAUAGAGUAUAUCCUAUCGCUCGAUAAUGUAUUAUUGAUGUAUAUACUUAUUUAAUAAAUUAUACAGUUCCUUCAAUAUUA